AGAUUUGUAUUUAGCCAACUCAACCCGGUUUAGUCGAGUGAAGACAGCCUCCUGAGGCAGGGGUUCAAGAUGAUUUCUUCACUAUGUUCGACGGGGACACUCUGCUGUCUCGUGUUUCUCACAGGUCUGCUGGAGGCCAAAUCUUUGCUGAGUGCCAUUCAGCAGGAAGCGAUGGUCCCUGUCGGUCAUCUCAGCAUUGACUCACAGAGAGCGAACGGCUUCCUGGCUCAGUCCAGGCCCAAGCGUAACGCGGACCCCAGGUGGUACAGAGGAAACCCAGACUUCCAGGCUUACUACAGAUACUACAGCAGCAUCGGACACACUGAGGGGCUCUACGAGAUCGACAAGCUGCGGAUGCUCUACCAGCAGAUGAGGUACCUGGAGCACGCCUACGGCCCCAACGCCUCCUACUUCCAGAACAAACUGGGAAUGCCAAUGGCCGUGUGCGACCCAGCCACGGACAAGAAGUGCAAGGUCGCCCACCCUCCUCCUCCUCCAAUGAAAGGGGUGCCGAGGCCCACCGAGCCCCCCCCUCCCCUUCCUCUCGUUCCAGCCAUCUCCCAGGCCGACGUGCUCUACCUGUGUAACCCCAAGGACCCCCUCUGCAAGCCCCACAUCGUCUACCUGCCCACGGGGGCCGUGCCAGUUCUCUGCGACCCCCGCCACCACCCCCACUGCACCCCGCAGAAGGCCCCGCCGGCCCCCGUGGCAGUGCCUCACCCGCCUCCGCCAAAGAAGUCCGCCCCGCCUCCACCUCCCCCCAUCCUCGUCAAGAAGUCUCCCCCCGCCCCCAUCCGCACCUUCAAGGGCAUGGAGUACGACUGCGACCCCUACUGGGACCCAGACUGCCUGAUUGACCACCCACCCAGGCCCGUCAAGGGGAAGAUCGUGCUUUCCCCCCCGCCGCCGCCUCCUCCUCCAGUGGAGGAGGAGGAGAAGGAGGCUCCCGUGGAGGAGCCAGCGCCUCCUGCACCCAUUGCAAAGAAGUUAACCAUCUACCCUUACCCUUACUACCCCUACCACUACGACCCCAGGGAUGAUCUGUACGACCCGAGCCGCUUCCAGUACCCGCAGCCUGCCGACGCAGCCGACGAGCCUGCGGAGGACGGCGAGUAAAAGCUCCAGGAAGGCCGUGUCCGUUUAAAAAGCGACCAGUACUAGAACAUCGAUAGACUUGUUACCGUGUUUGUCACCACUGUCAGCAUGUAAAAAUCUGUUUUCAGGCAACACGAGCAUUUGAUGCUGGUGGUUUUUGAUAUUAAAAGAUGGCAUUGUUUUUCACCGAUGACUGGUUACAAGUUUGAUUAUGCUUUUAAGGUGCAACAAGUCAGAAAGAAAAGGAUUGUUCCUCCAGGUGCCACAUGGCAGGUAAACUCAGCCUUGUAAAGUACCAGCUUGCAGGCUGGGGGUCAUUAUGUCUACUUCCACUGUACAUUUAAUACCCAAAUAAAUGCUGACUCCUGCUGUACAGCUUUAA